AUGGGAGAUCUGAACAGCUCAGUGGAUUUUUACCCAAAGAACCAGAGGAGUCAACAGAACCAUGCCGGAGGUUUUGGCUGCACUUUGCAGGAGCUGCGCUCCCUCAUGGAGUUGCGAGGAGCUGAGGCCAUUCAAAAAAUACAAGAUAGUUACGGUGAUGUCCAUGGCCUGUGUAGGAGACUGAAGACUUCCCCCACUGAAGGUUUGUCUGAGAAUGUAGCAGACUUUGAGAAGAGAAGACAAAUAUAUGGUGUGAACUUCAUACCUCCCAAAAAACCCAAAACUUUCCUGCAAUUAGUCUGGGAAGCCCUCCAGGACGUGACUCUCAUCAUCUUAGAAAUUGCUGCCAUUGUCUCCCUGGGCCUUUCAUUCUAUGCACCACCAGGAGACCAGAGUGAAAACUGUGGAAACGUGCAAAGCGGAGGCCACGAUGACGGAGAAUCAGAAGCCGGGUGGAUAGAGGGAGCCGCCAUAUUGUUAUCUGUUAUAUGUGUUGUGUGGGUGACCGCCUUCAAUGACUGGAGUAAGGAGAAGCAGUUCCGGGGACUGCAGAGUCGCAUAGAACAAGAGCAAAGAUUCUCUGUCAUCAGAAAUGCACAAGUCGUUCAGAUUCCCGUGGCUGAGCUCAUUGUGGGAGACAUCGCCCAGAUCAAAUAUGGCGACCUGCUGCCCGCAGAUGGAGUGCUGAUCCAGGGAAAUGAUCUUAAAAUUGAUGAAAGCUCGUUGACAGGAGAAUCAGACCAUGUGCGCAAGUCUGUAGAGAAAGACCCAAUGCUGCUUUCUGGUACCCAUGUCAUGGAGGGGUCUGGCAGAAUGGUGGUGACAGCUGUUGGUGUAAACUCACAGACCGGGAUCAUUUUCACCUUGCUAGGAGCUGGUGGCGAAGAGGAAGAGAAGAAGGACAAGAAAGCUAAAAAGCAGGAUGGUGCCGUUGCCAUGGAGAUGCAGCCACUGAAAAGUGCAGAAGGUGGAGAAAUGGAGGAGCGGGAGAAGAAAAAAGCCAGUAUUCCCAAAAAGGAGAAGUCAGUGUUACAGGGGAAACUCACCAAGCUGGCGGUGCAAAUCGGAAAAGCAGGUCUGGUGAUGUCGGCAAUUACAGUUAUCAUCUUGGUGCUCUACUUUGUGAUUCAAACCUUUGUGGUGGAUGGCAAAUUGUGGCUAACGGAGUGUACCCCUGUCUACGUGCAGUACUUUGUCAAAUUCUUCAUCAUUGGAGUUACUGUCCUAGUGGUGGCUGUGCCAGAAGGCCUGCCCUUAGCCGUUACCAUCUCUCUAGCCUAUUCAGUCAAGAAAAUGAUGAAGGACAACAACCUCGUGCGACACUUGGACGCUUGUGAAACAAUGGGCAAUGCCACUGCCAUCUGCUCUGACAAAACGGGAACUCUGACAACCAACCGGAUGACAGUUGUACAGUCUUACAUUGGAGACCUCAUUCAUAAACAGAAGCCAGAUCCCAGCAGCCUCAAUUCCAAAAUCUUAGACCUGCUCGUCAAUGCCAUUGCCAUUAAUUGUGCCUACACCACCAAGAUACUACCUCCAGAAAAAGAAGGAGCGCUUCCCCAGCAAGUAGGCAAUAAAACUGAGUGCGCCCUGCUUGGGUUUGUUCUGGAAAUGCAACGGGACUACCAGCUGGUGCGAGACCAGGUUCCUGAGGAGACGCUCUACAAAGUGUACACCUUCAACUCUGUUCGUAAGUCUAUGAGCACCGUCGUGUGCCUGCCUAAUGGAGGAUUCCGACUGUACAGCAAGGGAGCUUCAGAGAUCGUCCUAAAGAAGUGCUCAAAUGUCCUAAAUGCUGCUGGUGAACUCCAAACUUUUCGGCCACGUGACAGGGAUGAGAUGGUUAAAAAAGUUAUUGAGCCCAUGGCCUGUGACGGACUGCGUACCAUAUGUAUCGCCUACCGAGAUUUUCAAGCCGUGCCGGAACCAGAGUGGGAAAAUGAGAAUGAGAUAGUAGGAGACCUGACUUGUAUCGCUGUGGUAGGAAUAGAAGAUCCCGUCAGGCCUGAGGUCCCUGAAGCAAUCCGUAAAUGUCAGCGUGCCGGGAUCACAGUCCGUAUGGUCACUGGGGAUAACAUCAACACAGCGCGCGCCAUUGCUGCAAAGUGUGGCAUUAUACAACCCGGGGAGGACUUCCUGUGCAUAGAGGGGAAAGAGUUCAACAGACGCAUCAGGAACGAGAAAGGAGAGAUAGAACAGGAACGUCUGGAUAAAAUCUGGCCAAAGUUACGGGUCCUGGCCCGGUCUUCACCAACUGACAAACACACCCUGGUAAAAGGCAUAAUUGACAGCACAAUUUGUGAGCAACGUCAAGUGGUGGCAGUGACAGGAGAUGGCACUAAUGAUGGCCCAGCUCUUAAAAAAGCAGAUGUUGGCUUUGCAAUGGGAUUGGCCGGCACAGAUGUGGCCAAGGAAGCUUCAGAUAUUAUCUUAACGGAUGACAACUUCUCCAGCAUAGUCAAAGCCGUCAUGUGGGGCCGCAACGUGUAUGACAGCAUUUCCAAAUUUCUUCAGUUCCAGCUGACGGUCAAUGUGGUAGCGGUGAUUGUGGCAUUUACUGGGGCCUGUAUCACUCAGGACUCACCAUUAAAAGCAGUACAGAUGCUCUGGGUCAACCUUAUUAUGGACACCUUUGCUUCACUGGCUCUAGCAACAGAACCCCCUACAGAAUCAUUGCUCCUACGCAAACCUUACGGCCGAAACAAGCCCCUUAUAUCUCGCACCAUGAUGAAAAACAUUCUCGGUCAUGCAGUCUACCAGCUCGUCAUCAUCUUUACGUUGUUAUUCGUUGGUGAAAUCUUCUUUGACAUCGACAGCGGUAGAAACGCCCCUUUGCACUCGCCACCUUCUGAACAUUACACCAUCAUUUUUAACACCUUUGUCAUGAUGCAGCUGUUUAAUGAAAUUAACGCCCGUAAAAUCCAUGGAGAGAGGAAUGUUUUUGACGGUAUUUUUGCAAAUCCAAUUUUCUGUAGCAUAGUGCUGGGCACGUUCGGAGUCCAGAUUUUGAUUGUCCAGUUCGGAGGGAAGCCCUUCAGCUGUUCACCCUUAAACACUCAGCAGUGGCUCUGGUGUCUUUUUGUGGGAGUGGGAGAACUUGUUUGGGGGCAGCUCAUUUCCACCAUUCCUACCAGCCAUCUGAAGUGUUUGAAGGAAGCAGGACAUGGGCCUGGUAAAGAUGAAAUAACAGAUGAGGAGAUGGCUGAGGAUGAAGACGAAAUUGACCAUGCUGAACGAGAGCUUAGAAGAGGUCAGAUCCUUUGGUUCCGUGGACUGAACCGAAUCCAAACACAGAUGGAGGUAGUGAGUACCUUCAAGAGAAGCGGUUCAUUUCAGGGUGCUGUGCGUCGGCGUUCAUCGGUCCUCAGCCAGCUCCAUGAUGUAACAAACAUUUCUACUCCCACUCACAUCCGGGUGGUGAAAGCAUUCCGUAGUUCCCUCUACGAAGGCCUAGAGAAACCUGAAUCCAAGACCUCCAUUCACAAUUUCAUGACCACCCCUGAGUUUCUUAUCAACGAUUACAUCCAUAACAUCCCUCUUAUUGAUGACACCGAUGUGGAAGAUAGCGAAGAGCCUCCGGGUAGGGUGCUGUGGUCCAUUCCACCUCCAUCACCCAACAAGAACAACAAUGCCAUUGACAGUGGCAUCUAUCUGACCACAGACACUAGCAGGUCGGCUGCCUCUUCCAAUCCCGAAAGCCCUUUGCACAGCGUGGAGACUUCUCUCUAACAGAAUACCAAACUAGUCUUCAAAAAACCAUGAGUGACAAGAUGAUAGAACUUUUUUAGUUGGCUGAUGUGUCAGUAAAGUCAACAUUACCACAACGCCAAGGUUAAUGAAGACCAAAAUCUGUUACCAGCCCUUGUAAUUGUUUUCGUUCUCACCUGCAAGGAGGAAAAAGGGUGAAAUAGUAAUGGGGAACAUUACGAAGAAUCCAAGGUAACCAACAGCCAAAAUCAACAUCUCUAAUCCUUCAAAGAAAAUGAAAAUGCCACCACUGAGUUGGUUUUCCCAUCAUUUUGAAUGAAUGUCUUGCCCUUCCUAUUAAAAAUGGCCAUCAAUAGUAAAACAUCUACAUAUUAGCCCAUGAAGUGACAUGUAAAUCUUGUGUGGCAAGGUUCCACCAUCGAAUUAGGAAAUUUGAGCUUUAGAGAAAAGUUGAACUCUAUAUAUAUGAUAUUAUAGGGUGAUCAUUCAAGUAUUCAUUAUUUUCUGAUACUACACAGCUAUUUAUUAUUUUCAUUUCACAUUGCUCUUACUAGUACCCUAUCAUGAGUUAUUUCAAAGAUGGUCUCCU